CAGGCCAUGUCUCAGAAGGAGCUGAAAGAAGCAUUUGUCAGUAAUCUGAAUGGGACCAGUUUACAGGAAGUGGUUGUGGGCUCAUUUCUAACCCCGCUGUGCAUCCUUAGCCGAGCUCUCAUUCUGAUCUCCUACCAUCAAGCAAAGGGCAAUCUCCCACUACCAUUCCCACGGAUUUCCCACCUUCUUCUAGAUUUCACCGUCCUGGUCCUUCCACUCGUUCUGUCAUGCACUGUGUUGAGCAACUAUCUAUUCCAGGUGGUCUUGAGCGCCUCCUUUGUUGUAUUAUUGGUGCUAUACCACAUCUACCGUAGGAAACGACCAACCUCUCUCAGCAGCUUCUUCAACAGGACUGUUCAUUUCAAACAGCUUCCCUUUGUGACCAUCUUCAGAGUGAUGGUGAACGUGCAAACAGCUAUCAGUAUUCUGGCUGUGGACUUUAGAAUCUUUCCAAGGCGAUAUGCUAAAACCGAAACAUUUGGAACCGGCGUUAUGGACUUUGGUGUUGGAGCGUUCAUCUUUGCAAAUGGUCUGGUUUGCCCAGAAGCGCGUGGGAGGAAUGUUUUGGGAUCCAAGAUUAAACAUAUCUUCUAUCACCUCCUGUACGUGUGGCCGCUGGUUGCUCUCGGUGUAUUACGACUUGCCUUGGUCAAAAUGAGGGACUAUCAAGAACAUGUUACUGAAUAUGGUGUCCAUUGGAAUUUUUUCUUCACGUUGGCAAUUGUCAGAGUGAUGACCAAAAUGCUUUUGGUCGCUGUACCAGCAAAACAUUCAUGGAUUUUAGCUCUUGUGAUAAGUAGUGUUUAUCAGUUUGCUCUAGAGACAACAGGCCUAAAGGAUUUCAUCUUGUACAAUAAUGACAGAGAGAAGAGCUUCCUGCAUGCUAACAAGGAGGGCAUUUUCUCUACUGUAGGUUAUGUUGCUAUUUACAUGGCAGGAGUCCAGGUUGGCUGUUAUGUGAUGCAGCCAAGGUCCCAUGUCAGACACUGGUUCAAAGCCAUUUUUAACCUUUUAAUAGGAAGCAUUACACUAUUUGUUGUGUUGUACACAUGUCAGAUUUUAGUGGAGCCGGUGUCUCGCCGCUUAGCAAACCUACCUUUCUGCCUUUGGAGUGUUGCACUAUCUCUGCUUUUUGUAUCUUGUAUUGGUUUCGUUGAUUUGAUUGUACUCUUUUACAAAACAAUUUCAGGCUGUCAUUUUGUUCCAACAUCAUGGAAUUCAUUUUCAAGCACCCACAAAAAGAAAGAUGAGACUGAAGCCUUAUGCCUUAUUCAAGCAGUUGACAAGAAUCAAAUGUUAUUUUUCUUGGUUGCCAAUAUCUUCACAAUGUUGACCAAUAUUUUUGUGGACACACUUGGUUGUGGCAGUUUAUUUUCAAUAUUCUUUUUGUUGUUAUACAUGUUUGGGAAUUGCUUAGUAAUAUGUCUUUUUUCCUUCUUUGGAAUAAGGGUGCGAUUCUAA